GUCCUCGCAGGCAGCUGGCUGGCCUACGUGCACUACUCGUCCUACGUGGAGCUCUGCCGCGGCCACGUCUGCAGAGUGGUCAUCCAGCGCCCCCAACAUGCAGAGGACUGAGGGGCCCUGGGGGAGCAGACAGGGAACGUGCCCCUCCCAACCGGAGGAUCUGCAGCUUCCGUCUUCCCAGAGCGCCCUGGCCUUCCCGCCAGCGCCAGAGUGGCCCGGCUGCUGGGCCUCGGGGACAGCUGCUCCUUUCCCGAGAAGACCUGGCCACCUCAUGGGGGUAUCAGCCGUCUCCGAGAGAUUCCACAGCUUGUCCAAGGUCACCCAGGGUGUGUGUGUUGGGGGGAAGGCAGGACCGGGGUCACGGACCAGGUACCCAUGGACCCCAGGGUGCUCAGCCGGGUCCCACCUCAGCCCGGUUUGUAGACAGGAGACAGGCUGGGAGGGGAGGGGUCUUGCCCCACCUGAGGCUGACGGCCACACUGCCCACCUCAGCUUCGGUGGAAGCCCCUCCCCACCCUGGUGGGCAGCGUGGCCGGCAGGCCCUGACCCUGGCCCAGCCUGGCUGCCCGCACUGGCAGACCCCUCCACGAAGGGCCUUGCAGCUCUGGGAGGGGGUCUGAGGGGGUCAGAGCGGACUCCUGCAGUGGAGGGGCUCCCCUUUUCUGUCCUGAUGAACGGGUGUCAGGCUUUGAAGCCAUAGCACAGAAGCCUCCUCCCUGGUCCCGUAGGUGAGUCCAGGGCCUCAGCGUUCAGGAGACCCUGCCUCCCCGCCCCCGGCACGCUCCCUUCCUGCAGGCCUGCUCCACCAAGGGCCUGGGCACCAUGGCAACAGUGAUGCACACCCAGGAAUUCACCCUACGCGUGCUCCAGAUGCCACAGAUCCCCCCGUCCCCCCACCUAGGGACCGCCCUGGGAAGGGCCUCACCUUCUGGCUCAGCUCAGCCCACACCUGCAGGAUUCAGGGGGCUGCAAGGCCCUGUCUGAAGGCAGGAAGGGCCCGGUGAGGGCAGCGGCUCCUGCAGAGCUCAACCUGAUGAGAGCUUGUGACCAGUACCGCAAGGGUAUCAUCUCGGGCUCCAUCUGCCAGGACCUGUGCAACCUGGAGCAGGUGGAGUGGAGGACCUGCCUCUCCUCCGCGCCAGGCCAACAGGUGUACAGCGGGCUCUGGCAGGGCAAGGAGGUGACCAUCAAGUGUGGACUGGAGGAGAGCCUGAGCUGGAAGGCCGGGGCCGAUGUGGCCCCCCGGCGGGAACUGGUGCUGUUUGACAAACCCACUCGGGGCACCUCUAUUAAGGAGUUCCGGGAGAUGACCCUCAGCUUUCUCAAGGCUAAUCUGGGAGACCUUCCAUCACUGCCCGCGCUGGUCGGCCAGGUCCUGCUCAUGGCCGACUUCAACAAGGACAGCCGGGUGUCACUGGCCGAGGCCAAGUCGGUGUGGGCGCUGCUGCAGCGCAACGAGUUCCUGCUGCUGCUGUCCCUGCAGGGGAAGGGGCACGCCGCGCCGCUGCUGGGCCACUGCGGGGACCUCUACGUCACGGAGGGCGUCCCACGCAGCUCGGGGCCCGCGGCCGCCCUCCCGGCCCUGCUGCGCCCACUGCUGCCGCCCGCCCUGCACAGGGCCCUGCAGCAGUGGCUGGGGCCCGCCUGGCCCUGGCGCGCCAAGAUCGCCAUCGGCCUGCUGGAGUUCGUGGAGGAGCUCUUCCACGGCGCCUACGGGACCUUCUACAUGUGUGAGACCACGCUGGCCAAUGUGGGCUACACCGCCAAGUACGACUUCAGGAUGGCCGACCUGCAGCAGGUGGCGCCCGAGGCCGCCGUGCGCCGCUUCCUUCGGGGCCGCCACUGCGAGCGCAGCGCGGACUGCACCUACGGGCGCGACUGCCGGGCACCCUGCGACACGCUGCUGCGCCAGUGCAAGGGCGACCUGGUGCAGCCCAACCUGGCCAAGGUGUGCGAGCUGCUGCGGGACUACCUGCUGCCCGGCGCCCCCGCCGGCCUGCGCGCCGAGCUGGGCAGGCAGCUGCGCACCUGCACCACGCUGAGCGGGCUGGCCAGCCAGGUGGAAGCCCACCACUCGCUGGUGCUCAGCCACCUCAAGACCCUGCUCUGGAAAGAGAUCUCCAACACCAAGUACACCUGAGGGCCGCGGGCUCCGCCCCGGGCCUCUCUCCACCUCCCACACCACGAGGCCCUCUGCCGCCACAGCGUGGCAGCCACGCGGUUCCUGCCCCUGUACCACCACCUCCCCCCCAUGCCCCCGCCCGCCCUGGGUUAUCUGGGCUCCCGACAGGGCAGUGGAGCUGGCAGGAGAGAGGGAAGGACUCAGAGCCCAAGCACCAAGGGCUGGCCCUGGGACCUGCCCAGGCCAAGGUUUUGUUACUUUGGAGAACUCUGUGUAAAUAAAGCUUUUCUGUG